AUGGAUCCCACCAUUCCAGCCUUGUGGAGUGAAAUUACAACAAUGAAUGGAAGUGACCCAGCUGUUCCUCCACAAUGUGGCAAGGAGAAACUUAUCCUGCGUUUGCUGACUUUCAUCAUUGCCUCUGUUGGGCUGGCAGGAAAUGCGGUUGUUAUCUGGCUCCUGGGCUUCUGUAUACGCAGGAAUGUCUUCUCCAUCUACAUUCUCAACCUGGCUGGAGCUGACUUCUUCUUCCUCUGCUGCCACCUUAUAGGAUCUCUGGUGACAUUCAUCAACUUCUUUCAUUCAAACUCAGUCGCCAUCCCAGAGUUCUUAAACACUGUGAUGAUCUUUUAUUACAUUGCAGGCGUGAGCAUGCUCAGCUCCAUUAGCACUGAGCGCUGUCUUUCUAUCUUGUGCCCCAUCUGGUAUCGUUUCCAUCGACCAAGACACAUGUCAACUAUCAUGUGUGCUGUGCUCUGGGCUCUGUCCUUGCUGCUGAGCAUACUGGAAGGGGUCUAUUGUGGUUUCUUGUUGAGGGAUUCUGACACUGAUAGGUGUCAGGCAUUUGAUUUCAUCUGUGUUGCAUGGCUGAUUAUUUUGGUUGUGAUUCUGCUUGGUUCCAGCCUGGUCCUGUUAGUCAGAAUCCUCUGUAGCUCCAGGCCAAUGCUGCUAACUAGGCUCUAUGUGACCAUCCUGAUCACUGCACUAGUCUUCUUCCUCCUUGCUGUGCCCCUAGGCAUUUUCUGGUUCCUAUUAUAUUGGUUUUAUAAUGAUAUUAAUUCAUUACCUUGUAGGUUUCUCCUGGUGGCCCUUGUCAUGUCCUGUGUUAAUAGCUCUGCCAACCCCAUCAUUUACUUUUUUGUUGGCUCCUUUAGGCAGCGGCAGAGGCAGUCCCUCAAGCUGAUUCUCCAGAGGGCUCUGAAGGACACUCCUACAGCUGACCUCAGCAAUCCCUAG